AUGCGACGACCGUCGUUGCCGCUUGUGACGCCGAGCAGCGCGUACGGCCCGCUCGUGGACGAGCCGCCCGCCAAGCGGCCGCCCAAGAAGCGCUACAUGCACAACUGGGAAAACAUCUUUGGCCACCACUCGGCGCGCUUCUCCAUCAGCAGCGUCGUUGCGCUUGUGCAAAAGGAAGGCAAGACCGUUCUCUUCCUUGUGCUGCUCGGCGCCUCGGUCUCGGUGCUCGACUAUGGCAUCAACGAGGCCAUCGUCGGCCUCAAGUGGCUCCAGACGCGGUUUGUCGCGGCCAUCGUGCACGCUGCGCCCGCAACGCCGGCCAACGCCUGGGGCAUCCCGCUGGCAGCGACGCUCGUGUGGAGCGCUGCCUUUGCUAGCGUCUCAGUCGGCUGGACGCGCUUUGUCGAUCCGAUGGCCGCGGGCUCAGGCAUCCCCGAGAUGAAGACCAUUUUAUCGGCCGACUCGUGCCAGGAUCCCGGUCGGUACCUGCGCAGUCGCACGCUCUUCUCCAAGUCGCUCGGCCUCGCGACGGCGCAAGCUAGCGGUCUCUCGGUCGGGAAGGAAGGGCCGUUUGUGCACACAGCGUGCAUUCUGUCGCACCAGUUUAUGAAGCACCUUGGAGUCUUUGAACGCCUCUACCGCAACAAGUCGCUGCACCGCCACAUGUACAACGCCGCAUGCGCUGUCGGCGUCGCCUCAACCUUUGGCGCCCCGAUCGGCGGCGUCCUCUUCUCCAUCGAAGUCACGAGCUCCUUCUUCCUGCUCACUAACUACUGGCGAGCAUUUGUGGCUGCCGUCAGCGGCGCCAUCACCAAGCAAGUGCUCGACUACAUCACGCGUGGCCAACCCGCCGGAAUGCACUCGUUCCAAGCGCUCUACCCCACAACGUACCUCGACACGUCGUUUCAGCAGCGCGAGCUCGUCGCCUUUGCGUCUCUCGGGCUCUGCAUGGGCCUCGCUGGGGCCGCGUACGUCCACGGCGCUGCGUACGUGCGGCUGCGCUUUGCGCCGCUCAACAAGGCGUGGCCGCUGCUGUGGGGAUCACUGGUUGCCAUGUUGGUUUCGAUCAUCGUGUACUGCCCUGGUCGCUUUCUGGGUCUUGGCAUCUCGGACGCCCUCGGUGCUCUCACAAGCCCCGAGAAGCUGCCGUCCGUGUGGUAUUACGGGGACUACGCGCUCGGUCCGCUUGCAAUGUACUUUGUUGCCCGUAUUCUCAUCACGAUGCUCUCGGUGGCGCUGCCAGUACCGUCGGGCGACUUUAUCCCGCUCUUCUCGGCCGGCGCGGCGUUUGGACGGCUCUAUGGCGAGGUCCUCGUCGACUGGUUUCCGAGUAUCCCGGUGGUGCCCGGUGGGUACGCGCUCGUCGGCGGCGCAUCGCUCGUUGCCGCGUCGACGCAAACCAUCUCGGUGGCUGUGAUUGCGCUCGAGCUCACGGGGCAGUUUAUCUACUUUACACCCCUCUUCCUCGCUGUCCUCGUCUCGUGCGGCUUGAGCAAAGGGCUGAGCGUCUCGAUUUACGACAGUGCCAUCAUUUCCAAGGGACUGCCGUACCUUCCAAUGCUGCGCUGCAACGAACUCCGCACCGAGCGCAUCGUCGCGCGGGAUGUCAUGAUGAACGACGUCCCGUGUCUGCUCAACAGCACGUCGAUCGCUGCAAUCGCCGAGUUUUUGGCCACCCACCCACGCUCAAGUGUCCCCAUCGUCCACGACGGGCGCCUCUUUGCGGGCUGCGUGAGCCGCGACGAGCUCGAGGCGUUGGUGGCGUCGUCGCCUGACCUGUCGACAACCACCCACCCAGUGGAGCUUGCUUCGGCGCUUGAAGUCAGCGGCAAUGUGCUCAAGAUCGACGAAGACACGCCGCUCGAGACGAUCCACCUAGUGUUUGAGAUGCUCAAGUGCAGCAAGCUCUUUGUGACCAAAUUUGGCGUUCUCCAAGGCGUCGUGACCCGCGCGUCGAUGCACCAGCGGCUCGCGUACCUCGGCGACGGCGACCUCAGCGCGACGACGAUUCUCCCUCGUGACGACAUUGUGUGUUAAUCGCCUAUGCUCGUAAACAAUCUUAGUGCUCGCUUAUUCCAGCCGAGCUGGCUUGGUAUUAUAGGCGUAAAUUGCGUG